CCGAACCGAGCCCAACCCGGGCGGAAGCGGAAAGCUCGGUCUUCCAGCCUGCAAACGCAGGGAACACCGAUGCAAGCAGAGUCCCGUCGUCAAAUUCCCGACCCAAAUCGCAGCGGCGGAGAAUAUUAGUUGCAAGAAGAAGAAGGGGAUCAAAUCCAAGGUAGAGAAAGAAGACCGAGAUCGAGGAGAGAUCGCCGCGGCGGCGCCGGAAGGAGCCCCAUCGAUCGAUCGUAGGGCGUGGAGAUGCUGCCGCACGGCGACGAUGAGGAGAAGUGGCUGGCGGAGGGCAUCGCCGGCAUCCAGCACAACGCCUUCUACAUGCACCGCGCCUUGGAUUCCAAUGACUUGAAGGAUGCGCUCAGGUACUCGGUGCAGAUGCUAUCGGAGCUGCGGACCUCUCUGCUCUCCCCGCACAAAUACUACGAGCUCUAUAUGAGGGCCUUUGAUGAGCUGAGGAAGAUGGAGAUGUUCUUCCGGGAGGAGACGGCACGCGGCACCAUCUCCGUUAUCGAGCUGUAUGAACUCGUUCAGCACGCAGGCAACAUCUUGCCCAGGCUGUAUCUCCUAUGCACAGUAGGAUCUGUUUACAUCAAGUCAAAGGAGGCUCCUGCAAAGGAUGUUCUUAAGGACCUUGUAGAAAUGUGCCGUGGUAUUCAGCAUCCUGUACGUGGGCUUUUCUUGAGAAGUUAUCUUUGUCAAAUUAGCAGGGAUAAGUUGCCUGAUAUUGGGUCUGAGUAUGAAGGGGAUGCUGACACAGUUAAUCAUGCUAUUGAAUUUGUUAUUCAAAACUUUACAGAGAUGAAUAAACUCUGGGUUCGAAUGCAUCAUCAGGGGCCAACCAGGGAAAAGGAUAAACGAGAAAAGGAAAGGAGCCAACUUCGUGAUCUUGUUGGCAAAAACCUUCAUGUUCUCAGCCAGAUUGAGGGUGUUGAUCUUGAUAUAUACAAAGAAACUGUUCUUCCCAGAGUGCUGGAACAGGUUGUCAAUUGUAAAGAUGAGCUAGCACAACACUAUUUGAUGGAUUGUAUUAUCCAAGUGUUUCCAGAUGAAUAUCACUUGCAAACUCUUGAAACAUUGUUAGGUGCAUUUCCCCAGCUUCAGCCAACUGUUGAUAUUAAAACAGUUCUAUCUCAACUCAUGGACAGACUAUCAAAUUAUGCUGCUUCCAGUAUAGAAGUAUUACCAGAAUUCUUGCAAGUAGAAGCUUUUUCCAAACUCAGCAAUGCGAUAGGAAAGGUAAUAGAAGCACAGGUUGACAUGCCUGUUGUUGGAGCAAUCACUCUCUAUGUGUCCCUUCUCACAUUUACUCUCCGUGUGCAUCCUGACCGGCUUGACUAUGUGGAUCAAGUACUGGGAGCAUGCGUCAAGAAACUUUCAGGAAGAGCUAAACUCGAGGAUAGCAGGGCAACUAAGCAAAUUGUUGCACUUUUAAGUGCUCCUCUGGAAAAGUAUAAUGAUAUUGGUACAGCCUUAAAGCUUCCUAACUAUCCCCGGGUCAUGGACCACCUGGAUAAUGGGACUAAUAAAGUCAUGGCUGUAGUUAUUAUCCAAAGCAUCAUGAAGAAUACCACCUGCAUAUCAACUGCUGACAAAGUUGAGGCUUUAUUUGAAUUGAUAAAAGGGCUUAUAAGAGAUAUGGAUGAAACUCAAGAUGAUGAGAUUGAUGAAGAGGAUUUCAAGGAGGAACAAAAUUCUGUUGCUCGUCUCAUUCAUAUGUUGCAUAACGAUGACCCUGAGGAGAUGUUGAAGAUCCUAUGUACCGUAAGGAAGCAUAUUAUUCUUGGAGGUCCCAAACGACUACCUUUUACUGUACCUCCCCUUGUCUUUUCCGCCCUUAAGUUGGUUAGACAUUUACAAGGGCAAGAUGGAGAUGUGAUUGGUGAAGAAAUCUCUGCAACACCAAAGAAAAUCUUUCAAAUUUUACAUCAGACUAUUGAGGCAUUGUUAUCUGUCCCUUCACCAGAGCUUGCUCUUAGAUUAUACUUACAGUGCGCAGAGGCUGCCAAUGAUUGUGAUCUUGAACCUGUUGCUUAUGAAUUCUUCACCCAAGCAUUUAUUUUAUAUGAAGAGGAGGUUGCGGACUCCAAAGCACAAGUGACUGCAAUUCACUUAAUUAUAGGAACUCUUCAGCGGAUGAAUGUCUUUGGGGUUGAGAACAGAGACACACUAACACAUAAGGCCACAGGGUAUUCUGCCAAACUUUUGAAGAAGCCUGAUCAGUGCAGAGCUGUUUAUGCAUGUUCACAUCUAUUCUGGGUUGAUGAGCAAGAUGGCAUUAAAGAUGGAGAAAGGGUCCUCCUUUGCUUAAAGCGAGCCUUGAGAAUUGCGAAUGCUGCCCAACAAAUGGCCAAUGUGACAAGGGGCAGCAGUGGACCAGUCGUACUGUUCAUCGAAAUACUGAACAAGUACUUGUACUUCUUUGAGAAAGGGAACCCCCAGGUUACAAGUUCUGUGCUUCAAGGUUUGAUUGAACUCAUCAAAACUGAGAUGCAAACUGAUGGCUCAUCAGAUCCAUCAGCUGAUGCGUUCUUCGCCAGCACUCUGCGUUAUAUCCAGUUCCAGAAGCAGAAAGGUGGCGCUAUGGGCGAAAAAUAUGAUCCCAUCAAAAUUUGAUGGCAGUGCAUUCUCUGUGACAGCCUAAUCAGGAGUGCUAUGUAACCCCAAAUUUUCAUUUUAAUUGUCAAGGUGGUAAAUAGAGCAUUGUAUAUGCGCCUUAGUUUGUAAGGUUUUAAUCUCAUGCAUUCUUUGGUGGCCUCACUCGUGUAUGCUUUUCAUUUUCUAUUAUUUGUCAGUGUUGGAUGAUCGACGAAGUUUCCUACAUGUCCACUUUGAAGUUUUGGAUGGAAUUGUGGUUAGACAACAUUGGCGUAUGUAAUAAUGUAAUGUCUAUACCUUAGAUUUUGAAUUAAAAUUCGGAUUUUUAUUGUCUAUC